UCACUACUCAUCACCAGUACGAUUUUCCCAAGCUCUCUGAAAACCGCAAGCGUAACCCAAAACCCAACAAUGGCCGCCGCCGCACCGCCACCACCACCAAGCCCAGCCCCAGAGGCACCCAACGACGUGCCCCAAGGCUCGACCCCAAGGGGCCACCCACUCUUCGCCAGAAUCCGCUUAGCCCACCCCACCGACGUCCCCCACAUCCACAAGCUCAUCCACCAGAUGGCCGUCUUCGAACGCCUCUCCGACCAGUGCAUCGCCACCGAGGCCUCUCUUUCCUCGACCCUCUUCACCUCCCCACCCUUCCAGUCCUUCACCAUCUUCGUCCUCGAAGUCUCUCACACGCCUUUCGUCGAACACCUUCAGUACAACAACCCAGCCUACCCGCCCAUCACCAAAGUCGUCAAUCUGGACCUUCCGAUUAACGACCCAGACCGCGAUUUGUUCAGAUCCAACGGUGGGGUUCUUGGCGGCGAUGCCUGCGUUGCUGGGUUCGUGCUGUUUUUCCCAAACUACUCGACUUUUCUGGCGAAGCCUGGGUUUUACAUAGAGGACCUGUUUGUGAGGGAGUGCUACAGGAGGAAAGGGCUUGGGAAGAUGCUCCUUUCAGCUGUGGCUAAGCAGGCUGUGAAGAUGGGGUAUGGGAGAGUGGAGUGGGUUGUGCUUGACUGGAACGUGAAUGCUAUCAGGUUUUAUGAGGAAAUGGGUGCUAAGAUCUUGCAGGAGUGGAGGAUUUGCAGGCUCACUGGUGAUGCUCUCAAUGCUUAUGUUAAUGCCCAGCUCUAGCUCUAGCUUAGGUAAUUUCCAUACCUUUUUCGUUGGAUUUAGAAUUCAGGAAAUGAAAUGAAAUGGAAGAAAAUGUUAAAGGCUAGCCCGCCUUAGAUUGUUCCUUCUUGUGUAUUUUCUUUUUUCUUCUUGUCUGUUUGUUUCUGGGUUGAGAUGGAAAUGUGUGUGUGGGCUAGGAAGAUUAUGACUGAGGAGGCAGUCUUGUAGAACCCUUGUUGUUUGAUUUGUUCUACUGUGUUUUUUAAUUGCUUUGCUCUUUCGUUUCUGUGUGUUUUUUUUUUUUUGUUGAUUUUGCCUUUUUGCCAUAAGUCGAGCCAUAAAUGAAAAUUCUCAUGUUUGGACUUCUAAUAUUCCUUGAUUAGUGGCUAGAACGUUCUUGGGAAUUCUCUUUUUCUUUCGUGAGGAUCAAAGUAAGUGAAAAGACCCAAACUUCAUUCCAGAAAAAAGGAAAAAAAGAGAAGAAGAGGGGCCCAAACUUUGAUCACCGGAAAGAGAAGAGAGACUUUCUCCCACCGCCCCCUCCCUUUUUUGCCCUUUUUGUUAUUUUGGCUCGUGUUGCCGACGUCAAAGAAGUCUAUGGGAUAUUUCUUCCUACCCUCUGCGGAACUGGCGAAGCCUGGGUUUUACAUAGAGGACCUGUUUGUGAGGCAGUGCUAUAGGAGGAAAGGGCUUGGGAUCUGUGACUAAGCUGGCUGUGAAGAUGGGGUAUGGGAAAUUGGAUUGGCUUGUGUGCUUGACUGGAAUGUGAAUGCCAUCAGGUUUUAUGAGGAAAUGGGAGCUAAGAUGGUGCAGUGUGGAGGAUUUGCAGGCUCAGUGGUGAUGCUCUCAGUGCUUAUGUUAACGCCUAGCUCUAGCUUGGGUAAUUUCCAUGCCCUUUUCUUUGGAUUUAGACCUCAGGAAAGGAAAUGGAAGAAAAUGUGGAUGGCUAGGCCUAGGCCUAGAUUGUCUCUUUUCUUAUUUUCCCCGUUUCUCCGUGUAUUAUGUUGCAAUUUAGGCCCAUGAUAUUGGCUCGUGUGGUCGACGCCAAAGUUUAUGGGAUAUUUCUUCCCACCCUUUGCGUGCUUGCUGGGAUUUAUUGUAAAAAUUAUAAUGGUCGAAAGAAUAUCUGUGUAAAACAGAUAUUUUAUUUUA